UCAGAGUCAAUACCUUAACAAUAUAUCUCUGUAUUUGCUCUACAGCUCUCUCACAAUACUAAACAUACUUGACUAUUUAGGCAUAGUUGAGCUUCAGUUAAGAUCAAGGGCCAUGCCAACAUUAUUGUUUCUAUUUUUUUAUCUCCUUUUGGGGACUUUUCACACAGCUGAAGCUAGAAUUAGACAUUACAAAUGGGAUGUAAAGUAUGAAUUUAGGUCCCCUGAUUGCUAUAAGAAGCUUGUUAUCACCAUUAAUGGCAAGACUCCAGGACCCACCAUCCAGGCACAGGAGGGUGAUACUGUUGUCGUUGAAGUUAAAAACAGUUUGGUGACAGAAAACCUUGCCAUCCACUGGCAUGGGAUUAGACAGAUUGGAACUCCUUGGUUUGAUGGAACAGAAGGGGUAACUCAAUGUCCCAUAUUACCUGGAGACACAUUCCUUUAUCAGUUUGUUGUUGACAGGCCCGGUACAUAUCUUUACCACGCUCACUAUGGAAUGCAAAGGGAAGCAGGGUUAUAUGGAAUGAUUCGUGUGGCGCCCCGUGAUCCUGAACCCUUUGCUUAUGACCUUGACCGAAGCAUCAUUCUCAAUGAUUGGUAUCACCAAAGCACUUAUGAACAAGCUGCUGGAUUGUCUGCAAUUCCCUUUCAAUGGGUGGGGGAACCUCAGUCACUUCUGAUUCAUGGAAAAGGAAGAUUCAACUGUUCAACGUCUCCAAGCUCAAAUACUGCAAUUUGCAACACGUCAAAUCCUGAAUGCUCUCCCUUUGUACAGACUGUGAUCCCAGGCAAAACAUACCGACUAAGAAUUGCUAGCUUGACUGCUUUGUCAGCACUUAGUUUCCAAAUAGAGGGCCAUAACAUGACCGUGGUUGAAGCAGAUGGUCACUAUGUUGAGCCUUUUGAAGUUCAAAAUCUCUUCAUAUAUUCUGGUGAGACCUAUUCGGUUCUCGUGAAAACUGAUCAAGACCCAUCAAGGAACUAUUGGAUCACUUCAAACGUGGUAAGUAGAAAUAGAACCACCCCACCUGGGUUGGCCAUUUUCAACUACUACCCUAACCAUCCAAAACGAUCCCCUCCAACGGUUCCACCUUCUCCUCCUGCUUGGGAUGAUGUAGUGCCAAGGCUGGCUCAAAGCAAUGCCAUCAAAGCACGCCAAGGUUACAUACACAAACCUCCAACAACCUCGGAUAGAGUUAUAGUGUUCUUGAACACACAAAACAACAUAAACGGUUAUCGACACUGGUCGGUUAACAAUGUCUCUUUCACACUCCCUCAUACCCCAUAUCUUAUUGCUCUCAAAGAGAACAUAACCGAUGCAUUCAACCCCACUCCUCCCCCUGAUGGCUAUGAUUUUGCUAAUUAUGACAUUUUUAAUGUGUCCAAAAACGUUAAUGCCACUUCUAGCAAUGGGAUUUAUAGGCUGAAGUUCAACACAACGGUGGAUAUUAUACUUCAAAAUGCUAAUACCAUGAACGUAAACAACAGCGAGACACAUCCGUGGCAUCUUCAUGGGCAUGAUUUUUGGGUUCUUGGGUAUGGGAAGGGUAAGUUUGAUGUGAACAAUGAAACUAAAAAUUAUAAUUUGGUGAACCCCAUUAUGAAAAACACCGUGCCAGUGCACCCAUUUGGAUGGACUGCUUUGAGGUUUAGGUCGGAUAAUCCUGGUGUGUGGGCUUUCCAUUGCCAUAUAGAGUCUCACUUCUAUAUGGGCAUGGGAGUGGUUUUCGAAGAAGGAAUAGAGAGGGUUGGGAAGUUGCCUUCAUCCAUUAUGGGGUGUGGUGCAACCAAAGGUUUUCAUAGGCCCUGAUUAAUUGAAAGCAAUGUGUCCAAUUAAGAGAAACAUCGUGACAUGUAUUUUUUUAUUUUUUUAAAGAAAUAUGUGUAAGUAUUAUGCAAAUUGUGCCUUCAUUGUUAUAGGUUGUAAAAUAGUAAUUGUACCAGUUCCUGGUUAUAGCAGAUGAGAAAUUAUAUUUUUUUUAAAUGCACAAAAUUGACUUUAUAAUGGUCAACAAUGAGAUACUAAUUAACUUCUUUGGAUC